AUGCAGGAGUCAUGCUCUCCAGGAUUUUAUAGGCUCCCACCCCCAGCUGCAGGAAGGACACCUGCUCAGUCCUUGGGCACCUGUGUUGAGUGUCAAUGCCAUGGGCACAGCACUAUGUGUGACCCUGAAACAUCCAUUUGCCAGGACUGCCAGCACAACACCGCAGGUCACCACUGCGAGAGGUGCGCGCUGGGGUUUUAUGGUGUUGUCCAAGGCUCUCCAAGUGACUGUCAGCCCUGUGCUUGCCCACUGCCCAUCCCUGGUAACAACUUCAGCCCUUCGUGCGUUGCGGAAGGAGCUGGGGAUUACCGGUGCACCGCCUGCCCGCCGGGGUACGAAGGGAAGCACUGUGAAAGAUGUUCCCCUGGCUACACAGGAAACCCCCAGACUCCAGGAGGCUCCUGCCAGGAAUGUGAGUGUGACCCACACGGCUCCCUGCCCGUGCCCUGUGACGCUGGGACCGGACAGUGCACGUGCAAGCCUGGAUUCACUGGGUGGAAGUGUGCGGGCUGCGAGCAUCGGCAUGCGCGGGAGGGCGCCAGCUGCGUCUCUUGUGAUGACGAGUGCACAGGACUGCUUCUCAAUGACCUGGAUCGCCUGAACCACAUGAUCCUGAGCGUGAACCUCAGUGGACCACUGCCUGCUCCAUACAGGAUGCUGCAUGGCUUUGAGAACAUGACCCAGGAAUUGAAGCAUUUGCUUUCACCUCAGCGAGCACCAGAGAGGCUUCUUCAGCUAGCACAAGAAAAUCUGGAUACCCUGGUGACAGAAAUGGAUGAACUGCUGACAAGAGCCACCAAGGUGACAGCAGAUGGAGAGCAAACCAGGCAGGACGCUGAGAGGACUAACGAGAGAGCGAAAUCUCUGGGGCAGUUCGUCAGAGGCAUCCUGCAAGCAGCUGAAGCUGCAAAAGAAGAGGCUAUAAAACUGAAUGAGACACUCAGAACCCAAGAUGAGAGCCUGGAGAAGAGCCUCCCAGAACUGCAGCGUGAGGCUGAAAGGAUGAUCGCGGAGAUGAGACGCAGAGAGCUGAGCGCGCAGGAGAGAAUCGCUGAAGAGGAGCUGAAGAACGCAGAAGAUCUUUUGACCAAGGUGAAGAGAUUAUUUGGUGAGCCCAGUGGGAAAAAUGAAGAUCUCAAAAAGGAGGUGAGGGACAAGCUGGCCAACUACCACAGCAAGGUUGAUGAUGCUCGGCAGCUGCUGAGAGAGGCCAGCAGCAAAAUCAGGAAAGCUGAGCGGCUGUCUGCCACCAACCAAAGGAACAUGACCCUGGUAGAGAAAAAGAAGCAAGCUGUAGAAGAUGGCAGACAAGAUGUUGAAAAGACCCUGCAGGAAGGGAAUGAUGUCCUUAAUGAAGCCAACAGACUUGCAAAUGAAAUCAGCCUGGCUCUAGAGUACGUGGAAGGUGUUGCAGAUAAGAUCCAGCCCAUGUCUGAUCAGCUGAAGGAUAAAAUAGAUGACUUGACGCAAGAAAUCCGUGACAGGAUGCUGCCAGAAAAGGUCCUGCAGGCUGAGGACCAUGCAGCCCAGCUGAAUGACUCCUCUGGAAUCCUGGAUGGAAUCCUUGCUGAAGCCAAAAACCUCUCCUUCAAUGCCACCCGUGCCUUCAAUGCUUACACCAACAUCAAGGAUUCCACAGAUGAAGCUGAGAGAGUGGCCCAGCAAGCCAAGGCUCUUGCAAAUGAAGCUAUGGAAGCGACAUCUGGUCCUCAAGGAUCACUCAAGGAUGGCGCCAAGAGCUCUCUUCAGAAAAGCCUCAGGGUCCUUAACGAAGCCAAGAUGUUAGACAAUGAUGUCAAAGCCAACGGAGACAGCCUGGCCCGCAUGCAGAGCAAGCUGAGAGAUGUGGAUGAGAACAACUCCAUCCUCCUGGGAGUUCUGAAUGAAACCUUGGGAAAGCUCUCAGCCAUUCCUAAUGAUACAGCUCUAAAGGUACAGGCAGCCAAAGACAAAGCCAGACAAGCCAACAGCACUGCACAUGAUGUCCUGGCCCAGAUCAAAGACCUCAACCAGAAUCUCCUGGUCCUGAGGAAAAACUACAGCAAGCUUGCAGAUGAUGUGGCAAAAACAAAUGCUGUGGUGAAGGAUCCUAUGAAGAACAUUGCUGAGGCAGAUUCCAGCAUCAAGAGCCUGGAGAAGGAAGCAGACCGGCUGCUGGAGAAGAUCAAGCCCAUCAAAGAGCUGCAGGAUAACUUAGGCAAAAACAUCUCUCAGAUCAAAGAGCUGAUCAGCCAGGCCCGGAAGCAAGCCAACUCGAUCAAAGUGUCUGUGUCCUCUGGAGGCAACUGCAUCCGCACCUACAGGCCGGAGAUAAAGAAGGGCACCUACAACACCAUCCUGCUCAAUGUGAAGACUCUGGCUGCUGACAAUCUGCUUUUCUACCUUGGAAGUGCCAAGUUUACUGACUUCCUGGCCGUGGAGAUGCGCAGAGGCAAGGUGAGCUUCCUGUGGGACGUGGGCUCCGGCGUCGGCCGCGUGGAGUACCCAGACCUGGCCAUCGACGACGGCUUCUGGUACCGCAUUGAAGCUUCCAGGACUGGGAAAAAUGGCACAAUAUCAGUGAGAGCUCUGGAUGGCCCCAAAGCCAGCAUUGUGCCAGCGACAUUCAGCGCUGCCUCCCCACCUGGAUACACCAUUCUGGAUGUGGAUGCUAAUGCUGUGCUGUUUGUUGGUGGUUUGACUGGGAAAAUAAAGAAGUCAGAUGCUGUAAGAGUCACCACCUUCACUGGCUGCAUGGGGGAAACCUUCCUAGACAGCAAGCCCAUAGGGCUGUGGAACUUCAGGGAUAUUGAAGGAGACUGCAAAGGCUGUGCUGUCAGCCCCCAGGUGGCAGAUGGUGAGGGCACAGUGCAGUUCGAUGGGGACAGCUACGCCAUGGUGAGCCGCCCGGUCCGCUGGAACCCAAACAUUUCCACCCUCAUGUUCAAGUUCAGGACCUUCUCAUCCAACGCCCUCCUGAUGUAUCUUGCUACUGAUGACCUGAAGGACUUCAUGAGCGUCGAGCUCAGUGAUGGGCGCAUAAAGGUCAGCUACGACCUGGGUUCAGGCACAGCUUCUGUUCUCAGCAGCCACAACCAUAAUGAUGGCAGAUGGAAAGCUUUCACCCUCUCAAGAAUUCAGAAGCAAGCCAACAUAUCAAUUGUAGACAUAGACACCAACCAAGAGGAGACCAUAGCAGCAACUUCUGCAGGCACCCAUUCUGGGCUCAACUUGAAAGGACAUGAGAAAAUCUACUUUGGGGGAUUGCCAACUCUGAGAAACCUCAGGCCUGAAGUGAACCUGAAGAAAUACAUUGGCUGCCUGAAAGAGAUUGAAAUUUCAAGGACACCAUACAAUAUAUUGAGUAGUCCUGAUUUUGUUGGUCUAACCAAAGGAUGCACACUAGAGAACAUCUACACGGUCAGCUUCCCCCAGCCGGGCUUCGUGGAACUGCAGCCUGUCUCCUUUGACCUGGGCACAGAAAUCAACCUUUCCUUCAGCACCAGGAAUGAAUCUGGGAUCAUCCUGUUUGGCACCAGCGGCACGGUUGUGCCCCCCAGGAGGAAGCGAGGGGACGCCGGCCGGAAAGCUGCCGCUCCGAAGCGGAAGCGCAGGCAGACAGGGCAGGCCUACUAUGCUGUCUUCCUGAACAGAGGCCGACUAGAAGUGCACAUCUCCAGUGGGAGCCGGGACCCCCACAGGGUCACCAUCAGGCCGGAGCCUGGCCAGUUCCACGACGGCAGAGCUCACGCCGUGAGGAUCGAGCGAGCUGCAGGGAUGUUCACCGUGCAAGUAGAUGAAGACAAAGUCCAGACACAGAGGCUGCCAUCAGACCAGCCCAUCUCUGUCAAGAAACUCUUUGUAGGGGGAGCUUCCUCUGCCUUCCAGAUUGCCCCUCUCAGAAACAUCCCUGCCUUUGAGGGCUGCAUCUGGAAUCUUGUCAUUAAUGCCACCCCCAUGGACUUUGCCCAGCCUGUGUCCUUUGAAAACGCAGACAUCGGCCGCUGCCCCUCGCUGGAGCCGGAGGCCAGGCCGCCGGAGGAGGAAGACAAACCAACAGUCCUGAGCCAGCCUCAGCCAGUCACUGAUGGGGAGAGAGAAAGGCCAAGGACGACUCCUGCUUCCCCUCCUCCUCCAACACCACCUGCAUCUUCAGCACUUGGUCCCUGUGCUGCUGACACUGAACCAGGCAUCCUGGAAGGGGGCAAACAGUUUGGGCUCUCAAGGAACAGCCACAUUGCAGUGGCCUUUGAUGACACCAAAGUGAAAAACAGGCUCACCGUUGAGUUUGAAGUGCGAACCCGGGCUGCCUCCGGGCUGCUGUUCUACAUGGCCCGCAUCAACCACGCCGACUUCGCCGCCGUGCAGCUGAAGGACGGCCUGGCCCACUUCAGCUACGACCUGGGCAGCGGCAACGCCAGCACGCUGGCUGCCGCCGCCGUCGGUGACGGCCAGUGGCACAAGGUGCGCUGCUCCCGCCUGCUGAACGCCGAGCGAGCCUCGCCGCGAGGCUGCUCCCCAGGGGCGCGCCGGAUCAAGGUCAGCCGCAGCAAGCAAGAAGCAACCCUGACGGUGGAUGGUGUUUCAAACAGCACUGUCAGCCCCAAGAAGGCUGACAUCCUGGAUGUGGUGGGCAUGCUCUAUGUAGGAGGGCUGCCCAUUAACUACACAACUAGAAGAAUUGGGCCGGUCACCUACAGCAUCGAUGGCUGCAUCAGAGGCUUCCACAUGGCAGAGGCUCCCGUGGACCUGGACCACCCAACCUCCAGCUUCAGGGUGGGAAAGUGCUUUGUCACUGCUCAGCAGGGGACAUACUUCGAUGGGACAGGCUUUGCCAAAGCAGUCGGUGCCUACAGGGUGGGGACAGACCUGCUGGUGGAGCUGGAGUUCCGCACGGCGCGGCAGGACGGAGUGCUGCUGGCUGUCAGCAGCCAGAGGAUGGAUGGGCUUGGCAUCGAGCUGGUGGAUGGGAAACUGAUGUUCCACGUUGACAAUGGUGCAGGCAGGUUCUCUGCUGUCUAUGAGCCUGAGGCAGCAGGCAGCCUGUGUGAUGGGCAGUGGCACAAGGUGGUGGCAAAGAAGAUCAAGCACCGUUUGGAGCUGACUGUGGAUGACAGCCAGGUGGAGGGGAGCAGCCCAAACAGAGCCUCCACCUCAGCAGACACCAACGACCCUCUCUUUGUUGGAGGAUACCCUGAUGGUGUGGCCCAGCUGGGGCUGACCACCAGCAUCCCUUUCAAAGGCUGCAUUCGACUCCUGAAGCUGACCAAGGGCACUGCCAAGCCCCAGGAGGUGAACUUCAGCAGGGCUCUGGAGCUGAAGGGUGUGCAGCCCCUGUCGUGUCCUGCAGACUGA